GGAAACGCAGACCACUUCUACACUACUAGUGUAGCGGAGAUGUACAAAGCGGUGAAGAACAUUGGAUACAAAGCUGAACCCAAUGCUUGCUACGUAUAUGCAACCCAGGUCGGGGCGACAGUCCCGUUAUACCGCGCAUGGUCGGUAUCGGCGUGCGAUCACUUUUAUACGACGUCCUUGAAAGAGCGGGAUAAUGCCGUCGCAAAGCUUGGAUAUGCAAACGAAGGAGUCGCCGCGUACGUCUUCGCAUCACAGAUCUGCGACGCUAUUCCCUUGUACCGCCUCUACAAACCAGGCUCGUCCAGGGAUCAUUUCUACACGACCUCCUUUAGUGAACGGAACCGGGCUCUGAACUCGCACGGCUAUGAGGACGAAGGCAUAGCCUGCUAUGUACUGCCCAUACCGGGAUUUUGA